CCCAGGCGACACACAGGAAGUUAGCGUUACUUCGAGCUAACAGCUAACUUGCUAAAAAAAGUAAACAAGUCUGCGGGGUGAGAUGAGAUUCAACCGAGACCCAAAGUAGCGUUUCAGUUAUGAAGGAAGACAAGGAAAACACUCGUCCGAAGGAUAAAAAAGUGGAAAUAAAGUGUGAAGAUGCAGAAAAGAUGGAGAAGCCCAAAGAAAAGAAAGAGGCCAUGACAAAGAUUGUGAUCAGACGAUUACCACCAAGUCUGACCAAGGAAGAGCUAGAGGAGCAGUUACAACCUCUCCCGGAUAUGGACUACCUGGAGUUUUUCUCCAACGACACCAGCCUCUACCCUCACCUCUUCGCAAGGGCUUACAUAAACUUCAAAAAGCAAGAGGAUAUAGUUCUCUUCAGAGAUCGAUUUGAUGGAUAUGUGUUCAUCGACAGCAGAGGUCAGGAGUAUCCUGCGGUUGUGGAGUUUGCACCUUUUCAAAAGACUGCCAAGAAAAGAAGUAAGAAAAAGGACGCAAAAUGUGGAACAAUUGUUGAAGAUCCUGAAUACAAAAAGUUCCUUGAAAAUUACAACGGAGAUGAAGAAAAGUUGGCAUCAACACCUGAGACCUUGUUGGAAGAGCUCGAGGCAAAAUCAAAGGAACUUGUAGCUAAAAAAACAACUCCUCUGCUGGACUUCCUGAAGAAUAAACAGAGAAUCAGGGAGGAAAAGAAGGAAGAGAGAAGGAGGAGGGAGCUUGAACGCAAGCGUGUGCGUGAUGAGGAGCGUCGUAAAUGGAGAGAGGAGGAGAAAAGGAAGCGCAAAGAGGCCGAGAAGAUGAAGAGACUUGAGAAACCGCUGGAGAAAGAUAAGGACCAAGUUAAAGAAGAACCAAAAAUUAAGCUCCUGAAGAAGCCUGACAGGAGUGAAGAUGCUGAUUCUGAGAAGCCCAAGGAAAAGGCCAAGAAACCAGAAAAGCCAAAUAAAGAGGACAGAUCCAUGGGGAGUGCCGAUCAUAAGAGGCGUCAGAACAUUGACAAUAAGGAGGAUCGAGGAAGGAAAGCGGAUGAACACGGGCGGAAGGAGUUCAGGGAGCGUGACACAGAUCGAGACAGAGACCGCGAGCGGGAGAAGGAGCGGCGGCAGAAAGAGAAGGAGCGCAUCAGGCGACAGGACGAAGAUCGGAGGAGAAGGAGAGACCGGCAGGAUGGAGAGAACUCGUGCCGGAAACGGGACGAGGAGGGUAAAAAAGACAGAGAGCGUGCCUUGGAGAAGAAGAAGGGGGAAAACGUUGGAGAAUCCUCUCACUGCGAGAGACCGGAGAAGCCUGCCAAAGACAACAAGAAGGACGAGAUUGGUAAAAGGGAGCGCCUACGGAAUAAGGACCGGCCUGCUAUUCAGCUGUACCAGCCAGGGGCCAGAAGCCGCAAUCGAACUACAGGAGGAGGACCCGAAUCCAACUCCGCCGACAGGAAGACGGAUACAGAGACGGAGAAAGUGGCUGACAAAGGAGACGAUUGAGCAGAUUUCUACUUCCGGCAUUUUAAGUUUGGCGAGGAGAGGGGAGACAGGCCUGUGAAGCUCAGAGCAGCGAUGUGGUGCCUCGGGGCAACGUGCACUGCAGUUCAAGCGGGGCUGCAUCCAGCUCUCCCAGUCUCAGAGGCAGAGAUGUGAUUGUGGAGCCUCUUAGUGCCUAAAUGUGACCCUCUUUAGUUUCAUUUGUUAGGAAAGGUAACAGUAACCUUUGGAAAGAGUUUGGCUGUAGGGCACAUUAGGUGAAGCCAAAGCUUUCUCGGACCACACGAACUCAAAGUGACCUUAUUUCAGUAUUGUUUCUCUGAUGAUAUGUGGUGUAUGCACUGCAGACAUUGGCUUUAAACAUGUUCAUCCAUAAUGCACUCUUGAGGUAAAAAAAUAACUUCACAGGUGUUCAACUUCCCAAUUACUCAACAUGUCAACAUUUCCAAGCUUAUCCGUAUUGUUUUUACACUGUCUUGAAUGAGAUUUGUGUUGUAAGGUUGAAAUUUUCAGUUUGAGGUGUGCAGGUGGAAAUUACAUCGUCCUCUGCCUGGAGAACUAGACAAUCCAAAAGUUUCCAUCGUCUGUAAUUCUAAAACAGUUGUCGUCUUACGGGCACAAUGUUAUGCUGAAGGACUUAGUCUCUACUUACCUGGUGUGAGAUCACGUGUUUUGUUCUUACAUUCAUACAGCGACUAAGGAGAAAUAGCCAUUUCUGACUAGACUGCCAUGUGACAGCCAUGCCUGCAUGCAGCCGUCACUCAGAGUGAUCAACAUGUGGCCUUCCCCCCCCCCUUUUUCUAAUCUGAAACUCUUCUUACAUAUUAAUGUGUGAUGUACUAAACUGAAAACAGCAUGAGGACACAUCACUGCUGGUGAUGCAAACAUACAGUAGCCACUUUUGACUGGAAAUAAAAAGUCUUUGCUUAA